GUGGUUCUUUAAAGGACACCCGACUAGAAGGAAGUAGGAACAGUUCCUAGAGGGAUACUUGUGUAAACAAACAAAAAUAGCUUAUAAUCAUCCAAACAACCCCCCUCCGUCCCGCUCAAAUUGAGUGUAUAUAUAUCUUCUCUCCUCCUAUGUAUGUAUAGAUUCUGGUACUCUUUUCUCUCCAAAAUACAAUGGAUAGCACUACAAAACCACCGCCGGCGUUAGACCUGAAUAACCUACGAGCCAUCAAACUACUAGGUAAAGGUGCCUUAGGCACUGUCUUUCUUGUUCGUCACAACUCACUUGACUCCUUCGCCCUCAAGGUGGUGGAGAAAUCCUCCCUCCACCGUGCCCACCACGAAAUCUCCGUCCUCAGCCGCCUUCAAAACCACCCUUUCCUCCCUUCCCUGCUUGGAUCGUCGGAAAAUCAAGAAAUCAUUUGUUGGGCCAUACCAUACUGUCCUGGAGGUGACCUUAACGUCCUCCGUUACCGGCAAGCGGACCACGUUUUCUCACCGGCCGUUAUUCGUUUCUAUUUAGCUGAAAUCAUUUGUGCUCUUGAACAUCUUCACAAGCAAGGCAUUGUUUACAGGGACCUCAAGCCGGAAAACAUCCUUGUACAGCAAUCUGGUCACGUCACACUCACGGAUUUCGACCUAUCUCGUACCUUAACACCCAGAAAAGCAUCUACCCUGCAAUUUUUUUCCGAUCAUGAGGAGGAACCUUCAUUGAAAAAGAAGGGUUUCAACAAUACCAAGAAAGGAUUGAAGAAAGCGAAAAGUGCACGUGUGUCGCCUGUAAGCAGAAGAAACACGAUUGAAUUUCCAAACAAUGAGCGUUCAAAUUCUUUCGUUGGCACCGAAGAAUACAUGGCGCCAGAAAUUAUAACCGGAGCCGGCCAUGAAUUUGCAGUGGAUUGGUGGGCUCUUGGAGUGCUUUGUUACGAAAUGCUGUAUGGGAGGACACCGUUUAAGGGGAAUAAUCGGAAGGAAACUUUCCACAAAAUAUUAGCGAUGCAGCCGGAGUUCGUCGGAAAACCCGAUUCAUUAACGGAUUUGAUCGGAAAGUUGCUGAAGAAAGACCCCACGCGCCGUUUGGGAUACCAGAGAGGCGCAUCUGAGAUUAGGGAGCAUGAGUUCUUCCGCGGGUUGAAAUGGGACUUGUUGACGGAAGUUUUACGGCCGCCGUUUCUGCCGUCGAGAGAUGAGACGGAGAUAACGGAGGAGUUGGGUAAUGGUGGAAUUGAUAUAACGGAUUAUUUUCAGAAGUUGAAGGCUCCGCCGUCCCCGUUACGAUCGCCGUCACUUGACGAGCCUGAAGAACAUAGCAUUUCAUUAACGGAGUUCUGAAGUAAUUUUCUCUUUUUUUAUUUUCCUUUAUUUUUGAAUAGAUUUAUGUAAAUAAAAUCAGGUACCGUGCGAUAUGGACACCGUUGUCAAUUAUGAGUAGAUCCUAGUUGAUACAGAUACAAAUUAGAGUUACAGACGUUGUAAUUUUUAUUUCGUCUUUGUGGUUUGGCUUGAAAAGUAUGGUUCAACAUUUUUAUUUGGAACCGCUUAAAUCGAAGCUUUACGUAAAGUACAUUUCAAAA